AUGAGUAAUAUUGAAAGGAAAAAAGUUACAACCGCCUGCAAUAACUGCAGAAAUAAAAAAAUCAAAUGUUCACCUGGCCCACCUUGCGCAAAUUGCAAGAAAAAAAGGAUAGAGUGUGUAUUUGUGCCAGGUAAAAAACGUGGACCAGUAGCGGAACACGAACAAGUGCAAAGUCCAGUAAAUAUAAUGGAUGAAAUGCAAGGAGCAUUAAACGAUGAAGAAAUUAUUUUAUAUCCAUAUCAAAUAAUGGAACCAAUAUAUGAUGAUUCCGUUAAUGAACAAUUACCAACGAAAGUCUCAGAAUUAAAUGAACUCUGGAGUGGCACGACCGAGGUUGAAGAUAAUUUUUUAAUUUCGGAAAUAAUAAAUAUAUUAAACGAUGAACAACCUCCACCAAGUCGAAAUCCUAAUUAUUGGCAAAAAGGUUCAUUUGAACAACAAAGUGUAAUGUUUGGACAUAGUCAUAGUCAGGGACAAUUUGAGACUUAG